UGCUAAAUUGUCACUCUCGAGUGUUUCAGUUGCUUUCUUGAUUUCAACUUCCUCUGUUUCGUUUGUGCUUGAAGAGCUAUCAACAUUACCAUCAGAAGGAGUUUCAGCGUUGAUCUUAGUGGUUCCAGUCGUAUGUAUCCAGCCAACGGCUUUUCCACCAUUGGAAGGAACAAAAAGCACGCUCCCCCCAGUCCAAUCGUUCAAACUUACUCUCCCCUUUUCUUCAUCGGAUGAACCGAUGAUCCCUUUCCCUAUCCAUUGUAGAAUGCUAUCACCGUUGUGAAUAGGACCCUCGCUGUCGACACUUUCAGUAGUGUCAUUAUUCUGAUUCAUGCUACGCUUGACAAGUCGUUUUAUCCACACAAUUCUAUGGCUGCUUCCAAAUUCUAUCACAGGCUCGGCAUACUUGGGCAUGAACAAAGAAUGCAGACUUAUUUGGCCGCGCUGACUGACUAGACUUCGUUGCUGGGUUCUCUUAACCAGACCUGUUGCCAUACGUUCCCUUUUCCUAUCAUUUAAAAACUCCCUAAUCGAUGGAGGAAUGUCAUCACAGUUGUCGCAGUCGUAUGCAAAGAGAUAAUCCUUUGGUCGCGAAAAUGUCAUCGACUGGAUGAAAGAAUCCGUCAUUAUUGUUUAUCGACAACCGCGUCAAAACUGCGUUUGACUCUCAGGAACUAUGGAAGAUGUGAUAACAAUUUCAAAUACAAAAUGUAGGACAUCACAACUCUUCUGCAGGUUGAGAGGAUAUAUACAACUAUGAGUGGUGCCUUGCCCUUAGACAAAUGUCGAAUCUUAUAUCAUGAGCCAAACUUCAUUUCCAACGAAGUGAGAAAGACGUAAUUUUCAUUUUCCUUGAUGCCAUUGAAUGAGCAUCGUUGUACAAUACUUCUUAAGAAGUAGAGUAUCGUACUUACGCUACUAGUUUUAUGAUCGUUCAGUUAAAAACAAAUAGAUCCGAAAUGACCGUUGAUAACUGACAUUCUUGGUGGCGUUGGCGCGCGAAUAUUCAAAAAUACUAGUACUAUAAUGGGGGCGGGCUGUACGGUAAUAUUAUAACCCAUCACGUAAUUUUACCCUACGGUACGUACGGUACCGUACGAUAGUAUGAGUGAGUUUUUGGUAUCUCGGGAAUAAAAGGUCCCGUUCGAUUUCCACCCGAAUGUUGGUCUGUCAAUCGUUCGCGAACCUGAUCACCUAUCAUUUUCACGGAUGUUUUGCCAUCAAAACCUUGAGAAGUACUUCUACUGCACGAUACAUCUCUUGUAGCUUCGAACACAAAAAGAAUUCUAGAAUAAAGUAGUUGUGAUAUUAAACAGGGUGACUUUCAAUCACAGAAGAAUAUCACAAUGUCAAAGGUGUUCAUCGCCGUUCCUACGGAAGAGCUAUUCGCUUCAGCCGAUUCGGUAGCCAAAGCUCUCGCUACAAAAUACGGCAUUUUGGAUGUGACAGUCCGUUCCUCUGAAUCGCCGAUCGAUCGCUUGCUCACGACCGUCCAGCAGGAAACAAACGUGGUCUGGGUUUUUUAUUCUGGAUCCUCGUUGGCAGCCUAUAAUCUUUUGCAGGAAGAAUCACCUUACCCCGUGUUGGAAGUUGAAGCUGAGGGAGAACCCGAUGAAAUCGCUUGGACGGUAGCGAAAUGGUGCGGUCUGGGAUGCGAGGCCGUCGCCAAGAAAGUCCGUCAAGCGACAGCAGAGAGACGCCAGGCAAAGCUGGUUAGGGAUUCUCAGUUGCAAACAAAAUCCUUCAAGUAUCACAAGGCCAUGUCGAACGUCUUUGAUCGAAAUUUGCAAGUCACCGGAGACAAUAUUGGGCUCGAAGCCAAGCGUGGAAAGGUACGAGACCGCAUCGAGGUCGACGACAAGACAAUCGCUUUGGUCACCACCGAUCGGCAAUCUGGAUUUGACCGGCAGUUGGCACUUGUUCCGUACAAAGGAGCUGUCUUGAAUUUAACUAGCGCUUUCUGGUUUGAACAGACAAAGGAUAUCAUCAAGAAUCAUAUUGUGGCUAUUCCCCACCCAUACGUGACGAUCGCCAGGAAAUGCCAACCUUUUCCGAUCGAGUUUGUUGUACGGUAAGUUCUCGUGAACCCAAAUGGAGAUUUUCUUGAAUCUAAAACGGGAAAUGAAAAGAUCAUUGCCAGUAAAUCGACUCCUUUAUUUUCUUUCAAAAUCUAAUUUUUGUGGUCGUGUAUCAACUCAAUGAAAUUCUGAUUGAAUCGCAAAAAUCAUGGACAGUUCUUAUAUGACUGGUUCGACCGAUACCUCCAUUUGGAAGAAUUAUUCCAAUGGGGUGCGCAACUAUUGUGGCCACGAACUUCCCGAUGGCAUGGUCAAGAACCAAAAGUUGGCGAAGAAUCUACUCACGCCGACAACGAAGGAGGAAGAGCACGACCGUCCAAUUUCGGCCGAAGAAAUCAUUGCAGAAAAAUGGAUGACCCAAGAAGACUGGGACGUUUGUGCGGAGGCAGCUCUCAAGGUCUUUGCGCUGGGACAAAAGAUCGCGGACGAGCACGGAUUGAUCCUCGUGGACACGAAAUACGAAUUCGGGCGCGACCUCGAAACGGGCGAAAUACUCUUGAUCGAUGAGGUCCACACACCCGACUCUUCCAGAUAUUGGCUGGCAAGCUCGUACGCGGAUCGGAUUGCAAAAGGCAUGGAACCCGAAAACAUCGACAAGGAAUUUCUUCGGCUGUGGUUCCGGGAGCGAUGCGACCCUUACAAGGAAAAGGUCCUGCCGGAACCACCGCGUGAGCUUGUGCUGGAAUUGUCUCGUCGUUAUAUCACGCUGUUUGAGAUGAUCACCUGGGAGCAUUUUGAUUUUCCAACAGACGGCGAGGAAGGUAUUGCCAGUGCAAUUCGAUCGUUCCAAAAAUAAGGGUUUGAUCAAGUCAGGGCA